AUGGGCAACGAUUGCACUUGCGAUGAGUGCCGUAUUUUCAUGACAGCAGUCGGAAGCUGCUUUCCGAAAUUCAGUAUUUGCAUCUCCGAGGAAGAAGCCAAAAUAGCUGAACCGUAUAAUGACAGAUUAAAAACAUACCCGAAUGACAAGUCUGAGUUUAUCACUAUAUUGAUCGGAGAGAAAGAUGCUACCGGAGCGUAUAAAGAGAAAUACCUCCUACGCAAAGACACUUGCAUGGCAAACUCCGAGUACUUUAGAUGCGCUUUUAGGUCAACAAUCGACGGCCUAAGCCGCAGUACAUGGCGCGAAAGUCAAAGUCUAAUUUUCCACUUCCCCAAGCUACCGCAUUUCAACAUGAUAAAAAGAGCAAUACUCAGCGGCAGAGUCACCGUCGACCCCACGAACUUCGUAGAACUUUACGAGACAGCCGACUACCUUCUCAUGAGGGACACAAUGUAUCUUAUCUGCAGUCUCAUCUCACGACCGUCAUUCAUCAAGAAUAUACAUGACCUUAACAGGUGUCUCACCCGCUUGGUGGAAUGGAUGGAGGCAUGGCCGCAGCGACCUUUGGUACAACUAGGAUUCUUCCGUGCCAUCUUCUUCAUAGAGCUUACAGCUGCGAUAAAAAGAUCCAAGGCGGCACGGGGAUGUCGGUUAUUAGGUGGUUGGGAGGACGCUCCACGUCAGUGGGGUCUUAAUCCACUAAACCCUCGGCGUCAUAGGGAGGAGUCAGAUACUGAGAUACCCCCUGGUGCGAUACCGGAGCGAUAUAAUAGGUUGAAGAAACUUAGGGAUUAUGUCAGGAAGCACUUGAGGGAUUCGGAGAGUUGGUAUAUAGAGGAUAUACGUUGCGUGGAGUGUGGCGGUGGUGGGUUUCGAUAA